AUGUUUCCUGCUAUGUCCAAUUCCACUUCUUUGUCUGAGGAAGCUAAUAGUCUUUCUUCUGACUUUGGCCCCUUAAACCCACUCCUUCUCUCCACCAAUAUUUCUCCUCAUCAAUCUGAUCACCAGCACCCGCACCCAACCAACAAAAUCAAAAAGAAAAGAAGUCUCCCUGGAAACCCAGACCCAGAUGCUGAAGUGAUUGCAUUAUCCCCAAAGACUCUACUGGCCACAAACAGAUUUGUGUGUGAGAUUUGCAACAAGGGGUUUCAGAGAGAUCAGAAUCUUCAGCUUCACAGGAGAGGCCACAACCUUCCAUGGAAGCUGAAGCAAAGGAACAACAAGGAUCAGAUCAGAAAGAGAGCCUAUGUCUGCCCUGAGCCCUCAUGUGUUCAUCACCACCCUUCAAGAGCACUGGGUGACCUCACUGGGAUCAAGAAGCACUUUUGCAGGAAGCAUGGGGAGAAGAAGUGGAAGUGUGACAAGUGCUCCAAGAUCUAUGCUGUUCAAUCUGAUUGGAAGGCUCACUCCAAAACCUGUGGUACAAGAGAAUAUAGAUGCGACUGUGGAACCCUUUUCUCCAGGAAGGACAGCUUCAUAACUCACAGGGCAUUUUGUGAUGCUUUGGCUGAAGAAAGUGCAAAACUGUCAGCAAGCCAGUUAACCGCCACCAACACCACCACAAACCCAAAUAUUAUGACACCUCAAAUCUCUCUCUUCCCUUUCCAAAACCCACCCCCACCCUUCACCACCAUCUCCCUCACUCCCUGGGACCCACCUCAUCAUCAAAACCCUAACCCUAACCUUAAUCACCAUCUCAUCAAGACUGAAUCUCAUCACCACAACCAUUUCCCAACAACACAAUCCCACAAGGGUUUGUUGACCUCACCCUUCCAGAACCUCCAUCUCAGCACACAUCCCAGCUCAAAACCCUCCACGUCAUCCGCCCACCUGUCAGCCACUGCGCUCCUCCAAAAGGCUGCAACCGUUGGUUCUGCAUCAUCAGCAGCAGCCUCCGCUGGCCAACAGGCUCAGUCCGUUGGCUUGACCGUGGGCGAGUUUGGAACAGCGAGCCACAUGAAUAUGAUCUCGACCGACUAUCUAGGCGAGUUCACGUCCGGGGAUCUCGCCACGUGGCAGAAGACUGACCACCUGACAAGGGAUUUUCUUGGUCUGACCGGGGAUGGCACGGGGAAUCAUAAUGUUGGUGCUGUUAACGUCGUCAAGGACAUGCUAACGUACGCCGGGGGCGUAGAGUUCCAUCAACAGCAGCAACAGCCGUACGAUCAGGCCCUGCGUGGUCAUAAUAAUUCGCUGCUGCUGAAGCCCCAAGGUUUUGGGUUCGCUGAGACCACUGCUGCUGCCUCGGAAACGUGGGGAGACUGUUGA